AUUGCAAGGCACGAGUUCUACGAGACCGAUGACAAAGUCACGAUCUCCGUGUUUGACAAGGGCGCAGACCCGGAACAAGUUUCCGUCAAGUUAGAGCCACGAAGAGUGUCCUAUAAGAAUGGAGAUAAGGAACUCGUGCUGGAACCACUCCGAAGCCAGAUAGAUCCGGACGCGAGCAGCUACACCGUAGGCAAAGUCAAGGUGGAGGUCCGACUGGCCAAGAUAGCCCAGGGUCGGUGGGGACAGCUACUAGGCGAUAGUCCUGAUCCACUCGCCGCAGCCCCUGCACCGACCUCAUCGGCACCCACCGCAACUCGGAAACAGCGCAAGAACUGGGAUGGGAUUACCACCGAAAUUCUCAAGUCUGAAGAGGAGGUUACUCCGGACAAGGAUCCUAAUGCCGGGGGAGAUGCCGCCGUGAAUUCGUUCUUCCAGAAGCUGUACAGUGAUGCGGAUGAAGAUACGAAGCGUGCCAUGAUGAAGAGCUACAUCGAGAGCGGGGGAACGACUCUCAGUACUAACUGGGACGAAGUUGGCAAGGGCAAGGUGGAGGGCAAGCCUCCGCAGGGUAGUGAGUGGAAGAAGUGGGGCGCUUGA